AUGUCGGCCAUAUACUCUGAAGCCCAAGUCGCCAAGUUUCUCAAGCAUAUACAAAUACCACAAGAAUUCUACGUCGGCAACGAGCCUAUUCUCGAUCAUGCCUUUCUCACAGUCCUGCAUCAGCAUAUGAUUGCAACGGUUCCCUAUGAUAACAUGACGUUGCAUUACUCGUCGCAUCGCGACAUCACUCUUGAGCCUCAGGCUCUGUAUCAGAAGCUUGUGCUCGAUGGGCGCGGAAGAGGAGGUUAUUGUAUGGAGAGCAAUCUGUUCUUCUGCUACAUGCUCCGAGCUCUUGGUUUUCAGGUGUAUCCUGUUGGUGUACGAGUCCGUCUUCGAAAAGAUGGUGUUCCUCAUGGCGGAUAUCCGGGGUGGGUUCACAUUGUCAACAUCGUGACACUACCUGACAACUCCCGCUGGGUGAUCGAUGCCUCUUUUGGCGGCGAUGGCCCUACAAAGCCCAUGCCUCUGGUUGAGGGCGCCGAGUGGCGCAAUAUGGGCACCCAAGACGCUCGUCUCAUCAAGGACUUCAUUCCCGGUCAAACAGAGCUCACAGCCGGUCGCCGCCUCUGGAUCUACCAAUGUCGCAACUCACCCGAUCAGUCCUGGACCAGCUUCUACGCUUUCAGUCACUCUGUCGAGUGGCUUCCUGCCGAUUUCGAGAUCUCCAACUGCUACACAGGCACGAGCCCUCGAAGUUUCCAAACACACACCGUUCUGGUUGUCAAGUUCAUGUUGAGGGAAAGCAAGACGUCACCGACGGGCGAAGAGAUUUAUGGAAAGCGCAUGUUGAUUAAUGAAGUAGUCAAGGAGAACCCUGGAGGCAAGACGAUAGUGCUUAAAGAGUUGAAGAGCGAAGAUGAGAGGGUGGAGGCAUUGAAGGAGUAUUUCGGGAUCGAGUUGACGACAGAGGAGAGAGAAGCCAUCAAGGGUUUUGAGACUGAGAUUAAAAGCGAGUAG